AUGAGUAAGGUGAUCGUGAUCGGCUCAGCGGCCACGCUGGCCUUCAUAGUAUGUUCCCUCGUCACCAUGGUUUCACUUCUGAAGGAGAUCUCAGAUCUUCAACUUGAAGUCGAAGUCGGCAUGGACGAGUUUAAAGGAAUCACCGAGGACACCUGGAGCCGUAUCAUCACCAAACACGUGAAUCCAACCGGAAGUUCAGAUGCUCCACCAGACUUUGGCACACUCUUCGGAAGACGUCAGCGUGCUGCUGGCUUCCCUGAUCAGUGCAACUGUGGUGCAAAAUCGAACAACUGCCCAGCAGGACCACCAGGACCACCUGGACCAAAGGGACACCCAGGAGAGCCAGGAGCUGAUGGCGAAGAUGGUAGACCUGGUGCUCCAGGCAUUGCCAUCGCUGUCACUCACGACAUCCCUGGCGGAUGUAUCACCUGCCCUGCAGGUCCACCUGGCCCACGUGGACCUCCUGGAGAACAGGGACCACCUGGACCACCUGGAUCAUUCGGUCACCGUGGACCUCCUGGUGCCCCUGGUCCAGUUGGAGAAAUGGGACCUCAAGGAGACGAAGGUCAACCUGGAGCUCCUGGUCGUCCAGGACCCCCUGGCCCUCCUGGAGAAGUCGGAACACAGUACACCCCUGGUAUGCCCGGACACCCCGGCCCUCCAGGACCACGUGGUCCACCAGGAGAACAGGGUCAACCCGGAGCACCUGGCAGCGAUGGAAAGCCUGGCCCACAGGGUCGUCCAGGUCAUCCUGGAAAGGACGGACAUCCUGGCAGAAACGGUUCUCCUGGCCAGAGAGGAGAGAACGGAAAAACUGGACCGGAUGCCGAGUACUGCCCUUGCCCACCUCGCCGCAAGCGCCGUCUUUAG